AUGCCACAGAGCCACGACGAGCACACGGCCACGAUCCGCGCGUCCACCGGGCAACGCCCGCACCCACGCGACCGCGCCCGAGCACCCCGCGCACGGAGGGGCCAUCAGCGGCCUCCAGCACACUCGCCGAGCCCCCGCACGAGGCCCCCCGCAGCUCCAAGGCACAAAUCCAACGCGCCACUUCCGACACCCGCGGCGGCUCGAGGCGACCCCGCCGAUCGCCGCCACCAAUGUCCCGGCUCAAGCGCACCUCGCGGAACACCCCCCUACACUCGCGGACCCCCGGAGGGCCACGCACUCCCCGCAGAAGACGCCGAACGAGGAGGCGAUCCGACACGUCACGGCGCGAACGACAAUAUGGUGACUAUACUGCCGCGCCCUACCGCCGCGUUCACACCGCCUAGGGGAAAAAAGUUAGCCGCCUUUGGAUUUUUAAAGUCAAAUCCAAGUAUGUGGUCGCGACCACCACCUCCCGCAGAUCCACCCCCGACGUUUGAAGUCGUAAAAAACUCCCGAUUUCGCGCAAAAAACCGGCCGAGAGUGCCCACACUAAACGUCACUAUACACGUAUUCUAUGUCUAG